AAAUACUCUUCCGUAAGAAAAAAAAGGGGAAAAAUUGAAAGCACCUGAAAACGGAGGAGUGCCACCGGAAAUCAAAACUUCCGGCGAUUUCAGCAACGCUUCCAGUACAAGCAGUUUGAGAAAUCAGUUACCGGAGAACGAACGGAGAGAUUCAUCGGAACCCUAGACCGAAUCAAGUUGCAGUGGCACGAUGGCUAAAUCCGGAGCAGAUGAGAAGAUUCUCAGCUACAACGAUGUCGUUCUCCGGCGAUCAGAUUUGGACAUUCUCAACGGUCCUAAUUAUCUCAAUGACCGCAUCAUUGAGUUCUAUUUUAGCUAUCUCAGCUCACUCUUUCCAUCUGACGACAUAUUACUGGUUCCACCUUCUAUUGCUUUCUGGAUUAAAGAAUGUCCUGAUCCUGAAAGCCUGAAAGAUUUCAUGGAACCACUUCAUCUCUCUCGAAGGAAGUUGAUUCUCUUACCUAUAAACGAUAAUUCUGACGUGUGCAUGGCUGAAGGUGGGAGUCAUUGGAGCUUACUGGCUUUUGAUAGAAACUCCAAUGUAUUUGUACAUCAUGACAGCAGUUCCGGGUGCAUGAAUGAGUAUCAUGCCAAACAAGUAUACAAGGUUACUCUUCCGUAUACAUCAUCCAACGCCACUUAUAAAGAGUGUCCAAACACACCAAAGCAAGUCAAUGGUUAUGAUUGUGGCGUGUAUGUUUUAGCUAUUGCACGAGUCAUCUGUCAGUGGUAUGCAAGCAGUGGAACCCAAGAUGCAGAUACUCUGUGGUUCUCUCAUUUGGAACAGGUCACUCCAAGUGCUGUUUCUGUGAUGCGUAAUGAUAUUCUGGGGUUAAUAAAAGGUCUGAUGGCUGCACCUAAGACUGUGGCGUAACGCUCAAUGAUGUGAGUGAAAACCAUGCAACAAGUUCGAAAUCCAGCAGAGAUAAAAAACACUAGGUGAGGUUUAAAUUCGAGCAGUGACCAACAUGAAGUUUGGUAGUCAGUUAUCUCACGAUUUUGUUGGAUUUCAGGAAAGAUUUGCUAUUUCAAAAGAAAGCUAAUGGGGAAAACUAGGAAUAUAGUAUCUCCAUUUUGAUAAAAUAAUAUUCAUUGUUGAAAAGACAGUGGUGUAAUCCAUAGUAGAUGAGGCAUCUUGGUUUUGAUCAAGCCUUGGUGCACCUUCUCCCUAA